UCCUGAGGUGGCCUGUGACUCAGCUCUUCAGAACCUAAUGAAGUAGAUGACUUGACUACAAUGUGGAAAGAUCAUGACAGAAAGUGUGGUUUGUACCGGGGCCGUCAGUGCUGUAAAGGAAGUCUGGGAAGAAAGAAUAAAGAAACACCACGAAGACGUGAAGCGAGAGAAGGCAUUUCAGCAGAAGCUAGUGCGGAUCUGGGAAGACCGAGUGAGCUUAACUAAACUGAAAGAGAAGGUGACCAGGGAAGACGGAAGAGUCAUUUUGAGGAUAGAGAAAGAAGAAUGGAAGACUCUCCCUUCUUCUUUACUGAAACUGAAUCAGCUCCAGGAAUGGCAACUGCAUAGGACAGGGUUGUUGAAAAUUCCCGAAUUCAUUGGAAGAUUCCAGAAUCUCAUUGUACUAGACUUAUCUCGGAACACAAUUUCAGAGAUCCCCCGAGGAAUUGGACUGCUCACUAGACUCCAGGAACUGAUUCUUAGCUACAACAAAAUCAAGACUGUCCCCAAAGAACUAAGCAACUGUACCAGCUUGGAGAAGCUAGAACUGGCUGUGAACAGAGAUAUAAGCGACCUCCCACCAGAGCUCAGCAAACUGUUAAAACUCACUCACCUUGACCUGAGUAUGAACCAAUUCACUACGAUCCCUCUUGCUGUGUUGGACAUGCCUGCCCUCGAGUGGUUGGAUAUGGGAAGCAACAGCCUACAACAGCUUCCUGACACACUAGACAGAAUGCAAAGUUUACAUACGUUAUGGCUACAGAGGAAUGAAAUAACAUGCCUGCCAGAGACAAUCAGAAAUAUGAAAAGACUGGGGACCCUUGUUCUCAGCAAUAACAAACUACAGGAUAUCCCAGGCUGCAUGGGCGAAAUGACGAGUCUGAGGUUUGUCAACUUUCGAGACAACCCACUAAGACUGGAAGUGACACUUCCUCCCAGUGAUGGCACAGAUGGAGAGGAAGAACAGGAGUUAUUUGGGCUUCAGUUUAUGCACGCAUACAUACAAGAGUCACGGAGAACAGAAGAUCCAGUCAACUGUCUGACUCAAAUGCCAAGCUCUAUACAUUCUGAUGGAUAAAGUAAUUUAAAGAGUCCUGUAGAAAAGG